AUGAGUCAGAAACCUUCUGUUCGAUUCACUAUUGGUUCACGUAAAAUGGCUAUAGCUAAGAAAGAGCCAGAAAAUACUGCAAUGCCUAUUGUUGAAACAAUGCUUAAACAUCAAAUGAUUUCUAAUAUUAGAAAUAAAAAUAAUAAUGAGAGUCAACCAAAUGAAAUUACAAAUUUAAUGAAAUCUGUUGAUGAAAUGAAGAAGAUUGAUGUCAGAGAGACAAAUAGAAAAGUAGAUAUGAUAGAAAAUAUUUUAUUGUCAAUAGAAAAGGAGUGUUUAAAAAAUAGUACUGAUUUAAAAAGUAUUAAAGAGUCAGUAAAUCAUCAACACAUUGUAUUAGAACAAUUUCUUGUUUAA